UUUUAUUUUUAUCUAUUAUAUUCAAUUAUCUUUAUCAAAGACCACUUUAAUUAUAACUUAAAUAUUUUGUUUUUAGUUAUUAAAUAUUAAAACUGACGAAAGUGUUAGCAAUUACAGUGAUGUGAGGUGAUAAUUUUGACUAUGGCUCAUAACGCGAUUUUCUCACAACACACAAUUGUUGCUGCUGGAAUAUUAACUGUGGCAGCCACGACACUGGGCACGUAUUACUAUUUUUCCUCUAAAUUUAAAAAAUCUAAGUUCCCGAACGAGUGGAGAGCAGUUGGAGAGGUGAGAAAAUUAUGCAUAUACCCCUUCAAAAGCGGAAAAAAGCUUGAAGUCGAUCAGGCAGAAUGUACGAAACGUGGACUGAUGGAAGAAGAGAAGUUCGACAAGUCUUUCAGACUUCGUGACAGAUCAUUUGUGGUAUAUAAUGAAAAAAGUCACAAAUAUGUAAAUUCUAGACAUUAUCCAAAAAUGGUUCUGGUAGAAGUUAGGGCUGAACACAUGAACCAUGUACUUUUGAAUGCACCUAAUAUGAAUACUUUACUCUUGCAGAUACCUGAUAGAACUAGGAACAAGGAAGUUGUCGUGAAACAUUACCGUAAUGAAGAAAUAUAUUCUAUCGAUUGUGGAAAUGAAGUUGCUUCGUGGAUAUCUCAGUACAUACUGGGAGAGGAUUCUGGUUUGAGAAUAGCCUUUCACGAUGGUAGCUAUGAAAGGGACCAAAUAAACAAUCUAUACAAAGAUAAAAUUGAUUACUAUAAACGUGGGCUCGGGAAUGAAUCGUCAGGAUUAAAUUCAGACUUGACAUCUAUGCACAUCAUAAAUCAAGCUUCUGUUGCUGACAUCAAUAGACGCAUGAAUAAUUCGGAUAUAAAUGCGGAUUACUUUCGAUCAAACUUAGUCGUGGAUGGAGCAAAACUCAAGCCAUAUGAGGAGGAUGAUUGGUUAUGGAUCAAAGUUGGCGAUGUGAUUAUGAAGAAUGUAGUAGAGUGCAUGAGAUGUUCCAUCACUACAACUAAUCCUGAGACAGGCGUUAGGAGAGAUGAUAAGGAACCUUUGACGACCAUGAAAAAUUUCAGGAUCAGCAAAGGACCAGAAAAAGCUCCAGUAAUGGGAAUAUUACUUGAAGUUUUCCAAACAGGCAACAUAUCUGUUGGAGAUGUCGUUUAUGUUGGCAAGGACUAGGACACAAUAAUUGUAAACUAUUAUUUAUUUAAUCUAGAGCAAUUUAUCAUUAUAUAAAAAUUGUAUAUAGCUUAUUGCUGAUAAU